AUGCGUCUGUCCGCCGCGGUGUUGGCAGCCGCUGCCAUCCAGGCAGUGAGCGCUGCAACUGCCGAAGAAUGGCGGUCUCGCUCCAUCUACCAGAUCAUUACGGACCGUUUCGCGCCCGUGUCCGACACGGCCCCCGCGCUCACCUCGCCGCUGCCAGACGACUGUGACCCGGGACAGCAGACCUGGUGCGGUGGUACCUGGCGGUCUAUUAUCGACAAGCUCGACUACAUCCAGAACAUGGGCUUUGAUGCCAUCUGGAUCUCCCCAGUCAGCAGAAACAUUGAUGUCCAGACCCCUUACAACUAUUCCUAUCACGGCUACUGGGUCAAUGACCCAACAAGUCUCAACCCCCGCUUUGGCGACUCGGAUGACCUGUUGGCACUGUCCGACGCCGUGCACAAGCGUAACAUGUACUUGAUGGUGGACAUUGUCGUCAACAAUGUGCCCUCGUUGGACAACACCACCUCGCAGACUGCCGAUGCCCUCGUGGCCGACGAUUCGUUCUGGCAAGACCCCUCGUAUUUCCACCCAAUCUGUAACAUCGACUACGACAACCAGACGUCGGUCGAAUACUGCUGGCUCGAAACCACCAACGUCUCCCUCAUGGACGUCAACACGGAAAACGCCUAUGUGAUUUCGACCCUCCAGUCGUGGAUUACCAGCUUGGUAUCCACCUACAGCAUUGACGGUCUUCGCAUCGACGCUGCCAAGCACGUCCCGGGCACCUUUUGGCCUGGAUUCUGUGGCGCUGCCGGCGUGUUCUGCAUUGGCGAGGUGUACACCUCGGACAUUGGGUUUGGGGCCGAGUUCCAGACCGAGGGCUGGAUGGACUCGAUUCUCGGAUACCCAUACUACUACGGUCUUAUGGACGCCUUCUCCGUCGCCCCCAUGGGUAACAUGUCGUCCUACAUCACCAUUGCCCAAUCGGUUCUCAAUUCGUUCCCCCACCCCGAGUACCUGGGCAACUUCCUCGAGAACCACGACUUGGCGCGUUUCCGCAACCUCACCGUCGACCCCCGUCUCGGCCAGAACGCCAUGGUCGCACAGUUCCUCUUUGAGGGGAUGCCCGUCGCCUACUAUGGGCAGGAGCAGGACAUGGCCGAGGGCAGUAGGGACCCGUACAACCGUGCUGCCCUCUGGCCUCUGGGUUACGAGAACGGCACCACGACCGAGCUGAUUCUCCGCCUCAACACCAUUCGCCACAAGAUGAUCGAGCAGAACAUGACCUGGAAUGGCGAGACCUACAUGGAUGCCCGCUCGUCGUUUAUCGCCUACACCGACUAUGACGUUGCCAUCCGCAAGGGUCCCAUCAUCUCUGUCCUCACCAACCGCGGCUCGCCCACCCAGAACGUGUCGUUUGGCGUCCCCAGCACCGGCUGGGCACGUAACGAGGCGGUGGUCGACCUCCUCACCUGCAACGAGUUUGCCACAGGGUCGGGCGGCUCCAUCUCCGUCUCGUACUCUGCCGAUGGCUACGGUGGUCUCCCUUACGUCUUCAUGCUCGUCUCGGACGCGAGGACUCUGAACAUUUGCACAAACGACGAGAUGGGCAUCCUCUCGGGCACUGCUGAAGUGCCCGUGGGCGCCGCAAGUGCCAACUUUCCUUCCACCGCCAUGAUCCUCGCCGCGACUAUUGGCGCCGCGUCGCUCGCACUGUUGUGA